CGUACAUCAUUGCGCAACGUUUGAAGCGCGAAAUAAUUUUUCUUCUUGCCUCAUUUGAAAACCGGCCUGGAAAAUCCUUUCAUAUCUUGUUCAUCUUAUCGUCAAAAGUACACAAUGAGCAAUGAAAAGACAUCUGACGAAGCUCCCGCAAGUCCUGACGUUCAUUUUGAACCGAUCGUCAACCUUCCCAAGAUAGAUGUCAAUUUCAAAGCACUGGAAGAAAACGAAGAAUUGCUCUUGAAACUACGUGCGAAGCUGUACCGAUUCGAAACCAGUGGUGAGGAAAACGAAUGGAAAGAGAGAGGAGUCGGUGAAAUAAAGAUUUUGAAAAAUAGUGAUAAGGGAACAUACAGAGUUCUCAUGAGAAGAGACAAGACGUUCAAAAUAUGUGCAAAUCAUUACAUUUCUAAAGAUAUGGAAUUAAGGCCAAAUUGUGGUAGUGAUAGAGCUUGGGUUUGGACAGCACCAGACUUUGCUGAUGAAGAAAUUAAAACGGAAACUCUGGCUAUAAGAUUUGCCAAUGCAGAAAAUGCUAAGAAGUUUAAAGAAGAGUUUGUCAAGGCCAGGGAUGAUAUUUCAACAAGCAAAACAACUAAUCCACAAGAAAGUAACAAGUUAGCACAAGAACUGGAAGGACUCAGUGUCAAGGAAAAUGAUGAUGACGAAGACAAAGAAAAUAAAUCAGAAAACACAGACAAUGAAACAGAGAGCAAGACUAGUGAAACUAAGGAAGCAAAAGAAUCAACAAGUACAGUUACUGAUGAUGAUAAAAUCAAAGAGCAAGAAACCACAGAAGAUACACCUGAAAAGUAAAGCUUAGAACUGUUCAAGAGCGGAUAAUGUAGAAUAUAAUGAUGCCUUGCAACUUGCAAAUUUUCCUAUGCUGCUGAAAACGUAGAAGAUAUCUUUAGGGAUACUUCAUAUUAAGUGUUAAUUUCCUUCUCUAUGGAGUAAUAUUUUGAUUAUCUACUGUAAAAUCCGCCCAAAUUUGCAAAAAAAAUUCCAGUUUGCAGCAUUCUUAGCCUCUUUUUUCAUGGCUCCACUUAUUUGAUUAUCUAAGAAAUCUCAAAUACUUUUAUGAAACAAGCUUUAGGGCAAAAUUAACUCAUACUGGUGCAAUUAGACCCAAGGGGCAUGCAAUGUAAGAUUAUUUUUGUUUUCUUUAAGGACAGAAUUGAAGUCUUUUUCUUCUCAUUUUGAAUCCUCUUUAGUGUUCACAUUGCAACUCUUUUCACUUAGCUCAUUUACUAAGAAACUAAGUAGUCCAGUCACACAAAUUGAGCUAAGAAUUACAUCAACAUUCUUCACUGUAUUUGCUUGCUUUUGAAUUUCUCCCCUUGUGCUUAUGGAUGCAAUUAUGGUCAGCUGUAAUCAUUUUUCCCAUAUUAUUAAGAAGGUAACUGUAAAUAAAUCUAACCCCUGGCAUGUGAGCAUUUCAUCUUCAGUAAUGCUGUCGAACUUUUAAGCCAAGUGGCCUUUACAAUAACAGAUUUUUUUAAAGUUAACAUUAAACUAAAAAUUAUAACAUCUUCCAAAGUUGCAACUAGAAAACGAUACAACAAACAACCAGUCACUCUACAGAAUUAGUUCAGAUGUAACUUGUAAGUUUUUCUCAAGCUCGUCAGAUUUUCAAGGUAUGUGUUUCCUACAUGCCAUAGGAUUUCUUGUUCUCUGUUUUUUCAUCCCAUCUCUUGACAAAAUUUCUUUGCUUUUGUAAGUCUUUUUUUAGGCAUUUUCAAUUUUUUUUGUAGAGACUAGAUUAGGUUUCUUCUUUUCUGUCAGCAGUUAGUUUGCUGGGAAAAUAGCAUUAUUUCUUGUCAACAUGUUGAGCAUGUUGAACAUAAGUAUUAGUUCCAGGUGAUUUCCAUUACAAACUUACAGUAGUUAAAUUUUAGCCUGUGUUUGACAUAAUAUACUUUUAACACAUUAAUUACAAAUGCAGUAUAGUAAUAUUUAUGUAAUAUAAGGAAUAAAAAUUGGUACACAA